GAUGUCGGAGCCUAGCGAGGCACCGUCGCACGCGCCCACGGCCAGCGUUCCCAUGGACAGCAAUGUAGUGGCCAUUAUCAUAGCUACCACAGUUUCUUCUUCUGUGUUCAUUGUGGCCAUUUUGGUGCUGCUGCUGCUUUUGUACCACCGAGACCCUCUGUGCUGCCAGUUCCUGUGCUCUUGCCGCUUCUUCCAGAACCCCAGCCAAUACGAUUGUCCUCCUCCGUACUUCAGUAGCAACCAGCGAUUGGUGGGGCUUCAGUCUGGAACUCAACGUCUGGAGAGCACUGCUGAAAAUUCUGGCACUGUACAGGGGGACGAACUCUUCUGUGUUGGACCCCCCAGCAGCUAUCAGCUGCCUCCAUGGGAACAGCCACGCCUGCCAAGCUACGAGAGCGUGCGGAAGAAAGAUCGGCAGCGGGAGAUCCACCAGAUGAUUGCCGAAAGGUUUGGUUUGUGGGCAGAAGUCUCCCAAGAGUUACCACCACCCUAUGAGCAGGCCUUGAGGUAUCCUGCCGCAUUAUCAGGAACCGGAACAGGUUCGGAGUUGUCAGCCAGACAGAGCUUGCCAGACAUGCUCCAAGCCUCGCCCACAUUCCAGCCUCACAGGAACACGUCGGUAUAG